GUUUCCGGUGGCCCUGGGCUUUUGGUGUUCCCGGCGAUGUCUUGGUUUCGAGCCACUUCUGAGAUCGCGAUCCCCGGAGACCAGGACGUGUUUGACGAGGAAGCGGACGAGUCUCUGUUAGUGCAACGGGAAUGGCAGGGUCACAUGCGGAAACGAGUCCAAGAAGGUUACAGAGACGGGAUAGAUGCCGGCAAAGCAGUCACUCUUCAACAGGGCUUCAAUCAGGGGUAUAAAGAGGGUGCAGACGUCAUUAUAAACUAUGGACUACUCAGGGGAACACUGAGUGCUUUGCUUUCCUGGUGUCGCCUUCAUGGUAAUAGUUCGACUUUGAUCAGUAAGAUAAAUAAUCUUCUGGAUGCAGUUGGCCAGUGUGAAGAGUAUAUGCUCAAACAUCUGAAAUCAGUUACGUCCCAGCCACAAGUUACAGAUUUAUUGGACUCCAUUGAGGAUAUGGACCUUUGUCAUGCAGUUCCAGCUGAGAGAAAGGCUGGUGAAGUGAAAGGUGACAAUAAUGCUGAGAUUAACACAGAUUCUGACAAGAGUCCAAACGGGAUGGAUUGUUCACAUCCAGAAUGUUGUAGAACACAAGAGCAAGCACAGCUGGAAAAGCCAAGCCUCGCUUGGAUUCUGGAACAGACAGCCAAUUUAGUGAAACAGCUGGGAGUGUCUGUAGACAUACUACAGCACCUGGGACAACUAUGAAAUUAUCUCCCCCUUUCUGUGAAAGUAAUGCUGGGACUAUUAGAGCAUUUUGUUCUGGAUAAGGUAACUGCUGAUUGAACAGUUCCCCUGUAAUUACCCUUUGUGGAAGUGCUAAGGGUCUUAAACAUUAACACUAGUGAAUGGAAUGAUGUUUGUCUUUGUCAUUGGUAAAUUGUUUAGUUCUAGAUACACUCAGAAAUCCUCAUUGUCAUUUUCAAAUUUCUAAUCAAAAUCAGUCAUUUUUAGACUAGCAAAAGGCAAACAUUUUAGAACAAGAAAAAGAAAGUCUACUGCUGCUUUCUGCUUUUUGUCGGACUCCGGUGGUUUAGGACCUCUUCACCGACAAGCAAGCCAGAGUUGCCAGAAGUAACCUGAAGGCUAGCAUAGAUAAGUAGAAGCAGAUCUGUAGAUAGCUAUACGUUAAAGUAAAGAGACUGUAGAAACUGACACAAUAUGUAUAUCAUUGAAUGGAUAAUAAAGUACUAAAACUCACCUUAUUUAUGUAUUGGUUAAAGAUGUUCAAUUCCAUGAAAAAUAGAAAAAAAAAAAAUACAGUUUGUGCUAAACUGUAAAGAAAAGGAACUACUUAGUUUUUUAGGUAAUGAGGACUUGGCAAUAUUUUCUCAAAAUAUAACAAACUGUUUCUGUAUGAACUGCAACUUUGCUUGUUAUUUACAUGGGGAUUUUAAAAAGGACAAAAAACAUUAUUGCUUUGACAUGUGAUGUAUAAUCUAGCCUAGACAGAAUUACAAUCAGAUUUUUGUUCUGUAACCCAGGAUUAGGAGAGGAGUUUUUCAUCACUUUUCCCCACCUGAAGUUAAUAUGAAAUACCUGACUUGAGAGCCACCCAAAUAAUUGUCCCUUACUGACAGCUUCGGUCACUAACCAGUAUUUAGCUGUGCUAAAAGAUGCAUUCAUUAGAGACUAGCUGGAGAACCUUGUAAAGGACUAUAUUCUGCUAGUUUCUGAAGUCCCUGUUUAAAAUGCACAGAACAUUAAGAAAUUGGGGCAGCGAAAUUUGAAAUAGUGUUGUAGAUACUAAUACAUGCUUCAAGUAUCAAAGUAACAUUUGAUGGCUGGGUUUUUAUUUUAAAACUUUGUGGUACUAGGAAUUGAACCUAGGACCUCAUGAACAAUUUCCAUAUUGAAAUCUCAAACCCACAGAAUAUUAAAGUCUUUAAAGUGUCA